GUCGACCAACCCAACAAAUGGUGCGUCAACGAGAAAGACGUUGAAAUCGCUCGCGAGCGCCUAGAAAAGCAUGGCCACGUAUUACACGGAAAGAUGAAAUUCGGCCACAUCAAACGAACCCUUCUCGGUUUCAGAUUAUGGCUCGUCAUUAUAACAAACAUCCCCUUCUGGAAUGCAGGUAUUCAUAAGAACACCGGUCUUACCUGCUCUGGACUAAAAGUCUUGGUCGGAACAGCGCGGCGAAGAUUAACGAAAUGGGAACCAUUGCACCUGCGCUGGGAAUAGCGUACACGCUAAUUGCUUGUUUCUCCUCGGAUAUCUUUCUCGGCCCAGCGUGGGCAAUCACGAUUUGCUCGGCUCUUAAUGCAAUGGGUCUCAUCUUCUUGACCAUAUGGGCAGUCCCUGAAGGUGGGUUAUGGUUCGGAUUUGCCAGCAUGUAUUGGUCAAAUGCUCUGUCUUCCGUCUUUCACGACUGGGUCAAUAACUUGCUGCGGGACAGUUCUGAGGAGCGCAGUUUUACUCUCGUGCUCAUCAAUCUGCUAUCGCAAAGCUCCACUGCCUGGACACCGUUGCUUACAUUCCCUACAGUGGAGUCUCCAAGGUAUAGGAAAGGCUUUUAAUUUUGUCUUGGAUGUGCGAUUGCAUUGAUCGUCUUCACCUGGGUCAUGUACUAUUACUUGAAGCUGGACAAACGUAAAGUCACAGGCUCUGCAGAUGAGGAGACGAGCAGUGGAGUAAUAACCUCAAUGGAGGGCGAUGGAAAGGACGACGAUCGUGUCAUUGAAGUUGAAAAGGCUAGACAGGGCGAGAAGGAUAACCAAGCAGACGGCGAUGGAAUUGUGAUGCUUUGAUCCGAUGAGCGGAUCCCUGAACACCAAUUCUUGGUCUGUUCACUACAAUAUUCGGCGGAAUCCGGAACCUCAGUUGGACAAUGCACAGAUACAACAUUCCAUUUUUAUGGAGUCAUUGGUUAUCUUGAGGGACGGAUGGUACAU